UAGAAAUGCUGUUAAGUUUGUUGGCAAUUCUCACAAAAGUGGAUGCGGGAGGACAAAUUUUGCCCGAUGAAGAAAAGAUGACUCACAUGUUUACCCAGAACCUAUCUGUCCAUGAAGUCACAAACUACGAAGCAAGCGCGCGUGCAGAAGACUCUGCGAACGUCAUCAACAUGGCUGCGUCACCUCCGCAAUUUCUGCUUAAUAUAACACAUACGAAGGUACGAGUUGAACCAGAGAUAGCUAAUACUAUCAUCGACGAAGUUGUCCAUGGGACAAAUGUUUAUGCUAACUCUGCUGAUGUGACUGAAAUUGCGGCACCACUCUCAUAUCAACACGAUAUAUCAAGUGAAGCCACACAUCUGAGUGACAGAAUGAACCACGUCGAAACUCAGCGGCAAAUCAUUCGCGUGCCAGUCGACGUGAACUAUCAAGUCUCUAACCAACCUGCGAAUAUAAAGCUUCAAGCUAGGCCAAAUAUGUACGUAGUGUCUCAACCUAUAAAUAUGAACUAUAUGGAAAACUCAGCACAUGCUGAAGUGAAGCUUGAUAAGAAAAGCGUGAUUGACAGGUCUGUGCGCAUGGUUGAGGACGAAAAGAGCCAAUCAAUAAAAAAAAUUUUGCAUAAGAAAAGCGCUAAAAGACCAACACAAAAGCCUAUGCAUAAGGGGACCACCAAAAGAUCAGGACAAAAGUUUGCACAUAAAAGAACCAACAAAAGACCGGCACAAAAACCCGCGCAUAAGAAGACCAAAAGACCGGCACAGAAACCAGUACAUAAGAGAGUCGUUAAGAAAUCAAAAACGGUGUUUCAUGCUGCCAACAUAAAGCUAGACAAAUCAAAGAAUCUGAAAGUAAAGUUCAAAAGUAAGUCCAGAGUCAAGAUUCACAACCGACACCGUGGACGUGGGCAUGUGAAACACAGUAGGGGACCAGCUAAGAAUUCUGCAAAGGGCAAGGUGCCGCUGAACAUUCGAAUAGAAGAGCAUACGAAGAUAGAUAUUCUAGAUGGGUCUAAAUCCCACACACACUCGGUUUCUCAGCCUAUCAACAUAGGAAAUCCAGUGAGACCAGUGAAUGUGAAUGUGAACAUCGAUAUUAAGCCGAGAAGCAGACCACAUAUGCAUCCGCAUAGGGAGCCCAUGGGUCCAUAUAUACCCCAUGCGAUACAUAACGGAAUGAGACAUACUGCAUAUAGACACAUACAUUUGCAUAGAUUGAACGAAAGACCCAUGUAUAGCAGGAUGAGACACAUUGCCUUACGUAAGUAUACAAGUAGGCGCAAGUCUACAAGAUAUACAAAUAGACGAAGGAUUACGCUCAGACCAACCACUCGCAAGCCUACAACUGCCGGCUUGAAAUACGAUGUCUGGUUGCGGUUUGGUGGAUGCGACUAUAUGGUUAAAAGAGAUGCAAAGGAUUUUGGCAAUGCUGAGGCGUCUUGUCGAAAACAUGGUGCUCAUUUGGUUUCCAUACACAGCGAAGCAGAAAACAACUUUAUUCACAAAAUCACAUCCUCUGGCAGUAGUGUCACAUCUUUUACACAAUUUGUUUAUAUCGGCCUUCGUAAGAAUGCGAACAACGAAUGGAGAUGGAUAGACGGAAGCCCGAUGAAUUAUAACAAGUGGGCUGCACAUCAGCCAGAUUGGCCCAAGGAAGAAACAUGUGGACAGUUCCACCAAGAUCCAGCAAAGCUGUAUGAUGUUCAAGACUACCACUGGAACAGCAUUAGGUGUAUUAGGCCCAUGAAAUAUUACGUUUGCAAGAAAUGCAAGGGAUCACACCAUCAUCAAAACAACAUGGCAUAUCAUCAUCAUCAUCACAGAUGCCACUGCUGCUGCUCGUGCCACGUGCAUUGUGGAGACCCGUGUUGUAAAAACAAAUGUAACAAAGCACAUAAACACAAACGUAAACCUGCUCCUGCGACUCUAACGCGGCCAACCAAACCGCCACACCAAGUAGCGGUGUUUCCUGGACAAGCGGAGUAAGGUCAGAUUUUGGAGAUUGUAUCAAUCAGAGCUCUCUGGAAGAUUUCCAUGCGAACUUGUUGAUUCUUCCAUAAAGUUUUGGAAA